AUCUAUGAUCAAGUUCAAGGAAUCACAUCUACUAAAGGAGAAUUCUUGAAAAACACUGGCUUCCCAACAAUUUAAAAAAAGAAGAAGUUUUUCCUCGUUAACGAUAUAUACACUGACGACAGAUUUGGUCUGUGCAAGUUUAUCUGAAGUUCUUGAGAGAAAAUGUCAAAUAUCAAAUAUUUCAAUAUACGUGCAAUUUAUUGAUAUUGUUCAUCAUUAAGCUCUCUAUGGUUUCUUCUUUCUGAGUCCAUCUCCAAUUACCAGGUCCUAAAGGACUGGUUUUUCAGGGGGUGAGAAACAGUGAGGAGCAAACAAAUUUGUAAUGAGGACCCUGAAUUCAACCUCCUUUUUGAACACAACGAUUGUGCGUCCUGAGUUCUUUUUCAUAAGUGGUCUAGCUGGUAUUCCCCACACAAAAUACUACUAUGUGUUCUUGUGCUUUGUAUAUACUCUGUCUCUAUUGGGAAACACUUUUGUCAUGUUUAUGAUUUACAGUGACCACUGUCUUCACAGUCCAAAAUACAUUGCAGUGUUUAAUUUGGCUGUGUCUGACUUGUGUGUAAGCACAGCCCUCGUUCCUCAGUUGAUUGACACCUUCCUGUUUAAAUCACAGUUAAUCUCCUACGAGGCCUGCUUGACUAAUUUGUUUUUUGUUUUUUGGUUUCUCUUUAUGCAGUCUUUCACUCUCACUGUUCUGUCCUAUGAUAGAUGUGUCGCUAUAUGCUUUCCACUGAGAUACAAUGAGAUUGUGACUAAUAAAUCGAUGUUGGUGAUCACAACUAUGACAUGGAUUAUUGCAGGACUGGCUGUUCUCAUAUGUGUGAUUUUUAUCAGCAGACUGUCAUUUUGCAAAUCCACUGUGAUAAACAGUUAUUUCUGUGAUCACGGACCCAUGUUCAGGUUGGGGUGCAAUGACAACACUCCAAGUUAUGUGAUGAGUUGGACACAUGCUAUUAUGAUUCUCUGGUUUCCGGUAUUUUUUAUCAUGGGUACAUAUAUUUGUAUAGCCAGAGCAUUAUUGAAAAUAGCAGUGGCCCUGGAGCGCCUCAAAGCCAUGAAAACCUGCACCUCCCAUUUGAUCUUGGUGAGUGCGUUUUAUCUUCCUAUAGGUAUUAGUGGUGCACUGGGAUCCACCAUUCACCAGAAUGUUAGGAUUAUUGGUACGUCGCUGGCAUUGGUCUUGCCACCUAUGCUGAAUCCAAUCAUUUAUUCACUGAAGACAGAAGAAUUCACAGAAUCCAUUAAAAGGUUUUACAGAAGAAAAAUACUUUUCGCUGUAAGGAAUAAAUGAAUAAAUACCUUAAUCACAAAUGACUGACUGGCAAGUUUAACCAUGGUCAUUUUUCGAAACCCUCCAGUUAACUGUCAACUGUAAAUAAAAGAAUAAUUUUUGAAUUAGUGUCAAAAUAUUUUCAAGGUCUUCCACCUUACUACUGCCGAGAACGCAUUUUGUCCAAUUAAAAACCGGCUUUCUCUUGUU